AUGGCGCGAAAAUCCUCUCUAUUAAAGCAAACCCUUAUUUUCUCCGCAUUCACAAUCCUCAUCAUCUACGCUUUCUUCAACACCUUCCUCAGCUCCUCCACCACCGCCGCAACUGCCGGUGUCUCCUCCACAACUUCAUCUCUCUUCGCCGAGCAAAUUUCUCGAGAAAAUUUCGAAGAAUUUCCCGUGAAAGUGACGGAAAACGAGAGGAAAGUUAGAGUCUUCAUGUACAAUCUGCCCAAGAAGUUCACUACUGGAAUAAUCGAGAAUCACGCGUUGGCGCGUGGCUCUUCUGAUGUGUCUAAGGUGAGUUAUCCUGGUCACCAACACAUGGGCGAAUGGUACUUGUAUUCGGAUCUUUCCCGACCCGAUUCGGACCGGGUUGGUUCACCUGUGGUUAAAGUCAAUGACCCGGAGGAGGCUGACUUGUUUUAUGUUCCGGUCUUUUCUUCUCUCAGUUUGAUAGUGAACCCUGUUGUUCGGGUCGGGACAGUACCCGCGUCGGAUCCUGUUUACAGUGAUGAGAAGAUGCAAGGCGAGCUGGUGGAGUGGUUAGAGGAGCAGGAGUAUUGGAGGAGGAAUAAUGGGAGGGAUCAUGUAAUUUUUGCUGGGGAUCCGAAUGCACUCUAUCGGAUCUUGGACCGGGUCAAGAAUGCAGUUCUGUUAUUGUCGGAUUUCGGGCGGGUUAGAAGGGAUCAAGGGUCCUUGGUUAAGGAUGUGAUCGUGCCCUAUUCGCAUAGGAUUAAUGUUUAUAGUGGCGAUAUUGGUGUGGAGGAUCGGAAGACUCUCUUGUUUUUCAUGGGAAAUCGGUACCGGAAAGAUGGUGGAAAAAUUCGUGAUUUGCUUUUUCAAAUGCUUGAAAAAGAAGAGGAUGUUGUAAUAAGACAUGGCACACAAUCGAGGGAGAAUCGACGCACAGCUACGCGUGGCAUGCAUACUUCAAAGUUCUGUUUGAAUCCUGCUGGUGAUACUCCAUCAGCUUGCCGACUUUUUGAUUCCAUUGUUAGCUUGUGUGUUCCGUUGAUAGUCAGUGAUAGUAUUGAGUUACCUUUCGAAGAUGUCAUAGACUACAGAAAGAUUGCAAUUUUUGUGGACACUGAGUCUUCUCUAAAGCCAGGAUAUUUGGUUAGAAUGCUGAGAGCAGUAUCCACUGAGAAAAUUCUGGAAUAUCAGAGAGAGUUGAGAGAGGUGAAGCGGUAUUUUGAAUACAGCCAUUCAAAUGGAACUGUGACUGAAAUAUGGCGUGAAGUAGCACAAAAACUGCCUCUUAUUCAGCUGAUGAUUAAUCGUGACAAACGGCUCGUUAAGAGGGAUUCUGCUGAACCAGACUGUUCUUGUCUGUGUACAAACCAGAGUGCGCACAGCAGCUCCUU